AUGCCUGUGGCUGUGGCUGUCCGCAUCCCCGCGGUGGGCGCUGUCGCCCAUCGACCCUCACAUCGCGCACGCCGAUGCGGUCUCGCGUCCGCCAUCGCGCCGCGCCCGCCGUCCUCGUCCUCCGUCGCGCCCCGCCCGCGCCUCGGUCUCGCGUCGCCGAGCGCCCAACCCAUGGUCGCCACGCGCGCGUCCAACCCGGACACCGCGCUGCUGACCGGCGCCGACUACGUCCCGAGUCCCAUGGACACGUCCAUGCUCACGUCCCAGCUGGUGGUGCUGGGGUUCACCGGGGUCAUGGUGGCGUACUGGUGGUACGUUCUCGUGCCCGGCGCGCGCGUCAACCUGGCGGUGAACAAACGAUCGGGUAGGCUCCGCGACUACCUCGAGGAGCUCAAGGGCGACGACAGUCGGAAGAUGGAGCGCUUCUUCUACCAGAAGUGGCUGGCGAAGGUGGACCCGGAGACCAGGUUCUUACUCAGGGACGACGGGGACGAGGACGGGGGGGACGGGGACGUGGUCAAGGCGAAGACGAGGCUUUCGGACACGGAGGGGGUGACGAGAGACGUGGGAGACGAAUCGCUCGAAGACGUCAUCCGCAAGGCGAGGCGGACGCCCAAGUUUUGGAGCGGCGAUAACCCGGUGCUGGUGGGCACCGCGCUCACUGUGGGGGCGGGGGUGCUGGUCGGGGCGCUCACGGGGCGAUAG